UAUAGUAACAAAGCCCAAAAGGCCCAACUUAACCAUUGAGAUCCAGUCCAAGUUUGUCUCUCUAUCAUCGUCUGAAACCCCAUAAUUGGAUAUUAUCCUCUCUCUAAAAAUUUGGCUUUAUUAACAGACGCACUCCAAAGCUAACGUUGCUUUCUUCCCACUCCAAAAUGGCUCUCGUGUAAUCUUUUCCUCUCAGAAGUCAGAACAUACACUCUUACGAAGACGAAGACUUUUUUUUUUUUUUUCCUGAGCAAUCUCUGAGAAGCACACAGAUAGAGAGAAUUAUUUCAGUCGCUACUCGCUUUAAAUUCCGCCAUUGAUGCAACCUCUUCGCUUUACCUGUCAAAAAUACUCGCCAACUGACAAACAUUAAACUCCUUCUCCUCUCUCGAUUUCCGAAUUUUCUUCAUUAUAGAGAGAUCCGAGUCCAACGAAUAUAAAGAAGCUUAACUCGAACCAGUUGAUCAAGUCGGUCGGUUCUGGGUUUCUCUGAAUUUCAACUCGGUUUAUUCCGGUUAAAGUGUGAUUUUCCCGGCUUAUGGAUCUAACCCAAGGCUUCGGAGCUAGAUCCGGCGUUGUUGGGCCGGUGACCGGACUUGAAUCUCUCAAUUUUAGCGACGAAUUUCGGCACUUAGUGACGACGAUGCCUCCGGAGAAUACUGGCGGCUCUUUCACGGCUUUGCUCGAGAUGCCUGUGACUCAAGCCAUGGAGCUGCUCCAUUUCACAGAUUCAUCGUCUUCUCAGGCGAGAACCGUUACCGGAGAUAUUGCUCCUACUACUCUUCACCCUUUCGGGGCUUUGACUUUUCCUUCUAACUCGCUUCUCUUGGACCGCGCCGCUCGUUUCUCGGUUAUUGCUACGGAGCAAAACGGUAAUAUCUCCGGCGAGACUGCGAACUCUUUACCUUCCAAUUCCGGCGCCAAUCUGGACAGAGUCAAGGCUGAGCCUGCUGAGACCGAUUCAAUGGUGGAGAAUCAGAACCAGAACUACUCUUCUGGAAAGAGGAAAGAUCGCGAGAAGAAGGUCAAGAGCUCGACGAAGAAGACCAAGAGCUCCGUAGAGUCAGACAAGUUGCCAUAUGUUCAUGUCAGAGCUCGUCGUGGUCAAGCUACUGAUAACCAUAGCUUAGCAGAGAGAGCAAGAAGGGAGAAGAUAAACGCACGAAUGAAGCUGCUACAGGAACUGGUCCCAGGCUGUGAUAAGAUUCAGGGCACAGCAUUGGUUCUGGAUGAAAUCAUAAACCAUGUGCAGUCUUUACAGCGUCAAGUGGAGAUGCUAUCUAUGAGACUUGCUGCAGUAAACCCCAGAGUCGAGUUCAAUCUAGACAGCAUACUGGCUUCAGAAAACGGCUCUCUUAUGGAUGGUAACUUCAAUGGAGAGUCUUAUCAUCAGCUGCAACAAUGGCCUUUCGAUGGCUACCACCAGCCGGAAUGGGGAAGAGAAGAAGAUCAUCAUCAAGCCAAUUUCUCAAUGGGUUCAGCUACUUUACAUCCAAAUCAGGUGAAAAUGGAGCUCUAAGUUGGAAUCAGUUUGACAUGCUUAUGUAUAUAUAUAAGAGUUAUAUAUCUGCUAAAGUUUCGAUUGUUGAAUUAGAGGUAGAAAAUGGUUAUGAUUGUUUCAGGUCUUUGUUCAUGGCCUUCUAUAUUUACUAGAUUCCCCAAUGUAGAAUUCAGAAUGUCUCAAUUGUGUUUCCCUUGAGAGAAAGUAUAUGAAGAUUUGAUAUGUUACUGAGCAA